UAAGCGCUUGUGCGAUGUGCUUGGGAAACAAGGAGCUGCCGCUGAACAGCAUGGAGGCUGUGGCACCAUUGGGCGUGUUAGCGCUACAGAUUUUAGGAGCAGAAGCCCAGAACUGUUACUCGUCUCAAUGUAACCAGUCUGUGAAUUGGACUAAUUUGUGGUAUGUCUGGGUGAUUUUGGUUGGUAUCUUCUUACUCCUUAUGUGUGGUGCUACUGCCAGCUGUUUCAAGUUUUUCUGCAUGAAGAAACGCUCUCCACUUCCCUCUGCCGCACCUCAACCCUAUGAUAUUUCUGUGGUCUCUACUGAAGAACUGAAUGCUGUCAGUAUUGCCUCAGCUUCCUAUGGAAUGCAGCAAUCUCCAGGUGGAAACUCAAAUUUUCCAACUGGUAUAGUGAAUGUAGGCAGUUAUGCACCACCACCUUACAAUCUUUAUGCCUUGGAGAAUCCUCCACCGUAUUAUGAAGCCUUGAAAAUGCCAUUUGAUUUAUUUGAAUAUGAACAGAGAAUCUAUAAGCCUACAAAUCAGCAAACUGAAGAAGAUCAUGCUGUGAGAUGGCAAAUGGGAGCUGACCAUUCAGGGUCUUUGAUGGGAGAAAUUCAGAGGUCAAAUGAUGAAACCGAUGGUGAAAAUCUGGAAGAACCUCCUGAAUACCAUCAGUCAUUGCCAGAGGAAGAAUGUAGAGAUUCAGUCACAGAUCAGUAUAUACUAGAAAAUGUAGAACUUCAUGAAGAUGUUGCAUUUGACUUGGAAGACAAUAGUUAUUGUUUGAGGUGAUAUAUAUAUAUAUAUAUAUAUAUAUAUAUAUAUAUAUAUAU